CCUCCCUCGCUCCCUCUUCCAAAGCAUUACGGCGGACUCCUUCCCGUGAAUACUCUGGUGCUCCUCUCGUGGCUCUCGUGGCAGACCCGACCAUGGCGGCGGAUACCGCCCGCGUCCGCUGGAGGCGGGCGAUGACGUUGGCGAUCGCGCCCCGGGAGGCGGAUGAUGCAGCGGCGACCGACGACGAGAUCGAGUACGAGAUGGAGUUGGAGGAGCGGAUGGGGUCGUCGCACGCGGCUAGCCGCUUUCCGCUCUUGCGGUCCUGCCUCGGGCUUGGGCUCCUCGGCCUCGGGCUCAGCCGGAACGCCAGCGGCGGCGAGACGCUUCUCAAGGGUUUCCUCAUCCACCCCGAUAACCGGUGGUACCAGUUAUGGACCCAGUUCAUACUGCUCUGGGCGGUGUACUCGUCCUUCUUCACGCCCAUGGAAUUCGCCUUCUUCAGGGGGCUCCCGAAGAAACUCUUUCUCCUCGACAUCGCGGGACAGUUUGCCUUCUUCAUCGAUAUCUUCGUGCAGUUCCGCGUCGCCUACCGCGAUUCCCACACGUACCGCAUCGUUCAAUCUCCAACCGACAUCGCCUUCCGGUACGUGAAGUCGAGAUUUGUUUUUGACUUGCUCGGUUGCUUCCCGUGGGAUUAUAUCCACAAGGCUUUUGGAAAUAAAGAAAUAAUAAGAUAUCUACUGUGGAUCCGAUUAACCCGGGCAUGCAGAGUCACGGAUUUUUUUCAGAAGAUGGAGAAGGACAUUCGCAUCAAUUACUUGUUCACAAGAAUUGUCAAACUUCUAGUUGUUGAGCUCUAUUGUACGCAUACAGCUGCCUGUAUUUUCUAUUACUUGGCAACAACUCUGCCUGAGUCGAUGGAAGGGUAUACAUGGAUAGGAAGCUUACAACUGGGUGAUUUCAACUACUCACAUUUCAGAGAGAUUGAUCUUUGGAGGCGCUACGUAACAUCAUUAUAUUUUGCCAUUGUAACUAUGGCAACUGUUGGUUAUGGAGAUGUACAUGCAGUCAAUCCCAGAGAAAUGGUAUUUAUCAUGAUCUAUGUCUCCUUCGAUAUGAUUCUGGGAGCAUACCUUCUUGGUAAUAUGACUGCGCUGAUUGUGAAAGGAUCAAAGACAGAAAGAUACAGAGACAAAAUGAAAGAUCUGAUUAAAUACAUGAAUAAAAACAGAUUAGGAAAGGACAUACGUGACCAGAUUAAAAGACAUGUACGAUUGCAGUAUGAGAACAUCUACAAUGAAGCUUCAGUUCUCCAAGAUAUUCCAGCCUCAAUUCGUGCUAAGAUUUUUCAAGCUUUAUAUAAACCUUAUAUCGAAAAACUUCCGCUGUUCAAGGGAUGCUCAGCCGAGUUCAAAAAUCAGAUUGUAAUCAGGCUACAGGAGGAGUCAUUCCUUCCAGGUGAAGUGAUAUUGGAACAGGGCAACACAGUAGAUCAACUGUAUUUUGUCUUGCAUGGUGUUCUGGAUGGAAUUAAGCUUGUUGAAAAUGGAUUAGAAGAGGCGAUUCUACAAUUGGGGUCUGACAGCUCAUUUGGAGAACUUGCCACUCUUUGCAACAUUCCUCAGCCUUACACAGUUCGUGUCCGUGAAUUUUGUACAGUCUUGCGUAUUGAUAAACAACUUUUCACAAAUAUUCUGGAAAUAUAUUUUGUGGAUGCUAGGACAAUCUUGAAUAACCUUCUUGAGGGCAAUGAGUCAAAUAGCCAUAUCAAGCAACUGGAAUCUGAUAUCACAUUUCAUAUUGGAAAACAAGAAGCUGAGCAUGCUUUAAGGGUUAAUAAUGUUGCUUAUGGUGGAGAUCUGAAUUACCUAAAAGGUCUAAUCAGUGCGGGAGCUGAUCCCAAGAAGACAGAUUAUGAUGGGCGUUCACCUUUGCAUCUUGCGGCUUCAAGAGGGCACGAGGAUAUCACUUGUUUCCUCCUUCAAGAAGGCGUAGAUGUCAAUCUUUCAGAUAAAUUUGGAAGCACACCAUUGUUAGAAGCCGUUAAGCAGGGACAUGAUCGUGUGGCUUCUUUACUCUUCAGCAAAGGGGCCAGGCUAAAUAUUGGGGAACCUGGUUGCCAUCUUUGUACAGCUGUUGCAAGGGGGGACUCAGAUUUUAUAAGAAGGGUAUUAAAGUACGGAAUAGAUCCAAACUCAAAAGAUUAUGAUCAACGUACACCUCUCCAUAUAGCUGCUGCCGAGGGAUUGUAUUCAAUUGCAAAAAUGCUCAUAGAGGCUGGGGCAAGUGUCUUUGCUAUUGACAGGUGGGGAACUACUCCAUUAGAUGAAGCAGUAAAGAGUGGAAACAGAUCCAUGAUGGUGCUGCUGGAAAACGCAAAAUCUGAUGAGCUAUCCAUGGUUCCUGAGUGUGCUCAAGAAAUUAAAGACAAAACACAGCCUCGGAGGAGAUGCACUGUGUUUCCUUUUCACCCAUGGGACCCUGAAGAAAAGAGAAGAGAGGGCGUAGUGCUGUGGAUCCCUCACACCGUAGAAGAGCUCAUCAAAUCCUCAAAUGAGCUAUUGAAUUGCUCAGGCUCACGCAUACUAUCAGAAGAUGGAGGCAGCAUAUCUGAUGCAGCCAUGAUCUCCGACAACCAGAAGUUGUACCUGGUUGCAGAUCACAAUACUACCGAUAUGAACAAUACCUAGCUCGGGUAGGCAUCCAAUAUUCGCUCACCUCAGAUAUCAGUUAUAUUUAUCUCUAUAAUAAUUCAUAUAAUUCAUUUCCUAGUAUUCUUUUGUCAAAACCAACACUCCAAAUCCAAGCAUAUCACCGAAUACAUUUUGUUGUUGCAAUCUUACAGCUUUGUAAGUAUGCAAUGUAUUACAGGCA